AUGAGCCAUCUGAAACGAGGUCGCGAGGACCUUUCGCCGCCCAGUGAGUCUGGAGAGAAGCCAGCUGCCGCCGACCGCAGCCCCGACCUGCCCGCCGAGCAGCGAGCAAAGCGCGUCAAGCAUGGCAUUGAAGGAAAGAAGAAAAAGAUAAUUCGCUUCAAGAUGGAACCAGACUUGGCCCGCUCCAUCAAGCUCGGAUCGAGCCUCUGCAAACGCAUCUUGCCCGAUAUCCCUCUUGUCCAAAAGCCAAAAGAGUCUCCGGAAAACGCCCAGGAGACCGAACCCUCAUUCCCAGUAACUCACAAUGCGGCCAAGUUCGAAAUUGAGACGAUGGACGACGAAAACGAGACGGACAGCAACGGUCUCAAGAAAAUCGAAAAGCGUCUCAAGAAAAUUGAAAAGAGCCUCAGCGUUCAGCCUAUCAACGUAGCAGAGGAGCUGGAGUCGGUCAAGAAGAGCUUGGCGACGGUGGAGGCGAACCAGCAGUACGAGAAAGCCCGGGCCAUAUUCCGCCACGAGAUUCUCUUCAAUUCGAUCAAGAAGGUUUCCCAGGACGUCAAUCAGAUCAAGCAGCAACAGUCCAUAGCACGAAAGCAGACGAAGGAGGAGGGAUAUGACGAGAUUGUCAUCAACCUUGACCCGGAUAUCCCGGCGGUCGAUACCCCCAAGGCCAACAAGAAGGGAGCCAGUGCCGGCACUCCAAAGCCCGUCGACAAGGGCUGGGUGAGCCCCAAGACGGGAAACCGGAAGAAGGAUUCUAAGAGAGCCAUGGAGCAGUGCCUCCGCCUGUUUAUGAAGCAGAUGAACGAUGCAGCUACCGCUGAUAGUCUCUGCAGCAAGGGGGAGCUCUGCAUCCAGUACGCUGAGGAUCUCUUGAAGAUGAUGGAGUAGGCUCCGCUG